GGGUGACCUGGGCUCCUCUGUUUCUCUGCCAGGCCCAGCUGUCCCUCCUUCCCAGUCCAUCCUUUUCCAUUACCUCCGCGCAAAGGGAAGGAGCUAUUGUGUGGCAGGAAACAGCAGCUCCCUGCCUGCCUGCCCGCCUGAUCUCGCAGCCCAGCCUUGGCUCCUGCCUCAUUGUUUCCAGCUCCACAUCCUCCUCUUUCACACACUCCCAAGGGCUGAGCUGGUUUGGGAAGCUGGAUAAAGCAGUUCCACCACAGCCACUGAUGCCUGAGUCGGGGCAAGCCCCUGUCCCUCUCGUGUGGAUUUGUACUCAGCAAUGCCGACCUGACAGUGUUUCCAAGGCAAUUGUGGGAUUAAUGUGCCGUCACCAUCAUCUGUAAACAUGAAGCCCCGAAACACCAUGGACACUCUUCUGAGAGUGCUGGGAAGAAGAGAGAGCACCCGAGUACCAAGUGGCCGCCGGCCUGGGAAGGUGUCCGAGCCUCACACCUUCAAAGAGAAAGUAUUCAAGAAGAAGAAGAAGGCCUGUGUUGUGUGCAAGGAUUCCAUUGAGACCCAGGGCCUUGUUUGUAAAGUAUGCAAAGUGGCAAGCCACAAGAAAUGUGAAGCCAAGGUGGCGUCAUCCUGCCAGCCCCUCCCUCUACCUGAACUGAGGAGGAAUACAGCUCCAGUCCGGCGUAUUGAGCAUUUGGGCUCUACCAAGUCCCUCAACACUGCUAAGCAACGGAACACACUACCCAGGAGUUUCAGCCUAGACCACGUGAUGGAACGCAAGUAUGACUUUGACCUCACCUACAUCACUGAGCGCAUCAUCUCUGUCUUCUUCCCCCUGGCCUUGGAGGAGCAGCGUUACCGUGGCAACCUUCGGGAGGUGGCCCAGAUGCUAAAAUCCAAGCAUGAGGACAAGUACAUGCUCCUCAACCUGUCAGAGAAGCGGCAUGACAUCAUCAGGCUGAACCCCAAGGUGCAGGACUUUGGGUGGCCAGACCUCCACGCCCCACCUUUGGACAAAAUCUGCUCCAUCUGCAAAGCCAUGGAGACCUGGCUGAACUCAGACCCACAGCACGUGGUUGUGCUUCACUGCAAGGGCAAUAAGGGCAAGACCGGCGUGAUCGUAGCAGCCUAUAUGUACUACAGCAAAAUCUCUGCAAGCGCAGACCAGGCCCUCAGCACACUGACCAUGCGCAAGUUCUGCGAGGACAAGGUGGCUGCUUCUCUGCAACCCUCCCAGAAGAGGUAUAUCCAGUAUUUCAGUGGGCUACUCUCAGGCACAAUCAAGAUGAACAGCAACACCCUGUUUCUGCACCAUGUUCUUCUCCCAGCUAUCCCUACCUUUGGGGCUGGAGGAGGUUAUCAACCCUUCUUGAAGAUCUACCAGUCCAUGCAGCUGGUGUACACGUCUGGGAUCUACAAUCUUCAUGGUUCUGGUGGAACUCAGAAGCUCUGCAUCAGUCUGGAGCCAGCCUUGCUCUUGAAAGGAGAUGUCAUGGUGAAAUGUUACCAUAAGCAGCUCCAGGGCACCGAGCGUGAUGUUGUGUUCCGGGUCCAGUUCCACACCUGCACCAUCCACAGCACCCAACUGUGGUUUAGUAAAGAUGAGUUGGAUGAAGCCUGGAGAGAUGAACGGUUCCCAUUUGAAGCAAGUGUGGAGUUUGUCUUCUCUUCCAGCCCCGAGAAAAUUAAAGGCCGAGAGACCUACAGGAACAACGCUGCUGUUGCAGUAGAUUACAACAUCUCCAAUCCCAUAGUGCGCUGGGACUCCUAUGAAAACUUCAACCUGCACCAUGAGGACAGCCUGGAAGAUGUCUUGCACACCCGGGGCCCUCUUGAUGGAAGCCUUUAUGCCCGAGUAAAGAAGAAAGGUGACCAGAGUAGCUUCUCCUCCUCCACCAAUGGCAGCCCCAGCGGACCAGAGUCCCCUCCGCAGCAAGGUGGGCGCUUCCUGUCCAUCAGCAGCGACUCAGGACACUCCUCCCUGCUGACCGAGAAGGCGGAUGAGAGCACGCCACUGUCUAGGCCACAGCCCACAGCUGCCGAGAAGGAGGAGCUAGACCGGCUCUUGGGGGGGUUUGGUGUCCAGCCUCGGCAGCCGAGUGAAGGGAGCUGUCCCCAUGCCGUUUCCCCUUCUCCUACCAAAGAGAGAGAAACUGCCAUUUUGGAAGAUGAGCUCUCAGACAUGGGUCAGCCAGGAACCCACUUCUCCUACCAAGCUCAGCGCUCUGGCCUGGCCCGCCAUUGUUCCUGCCGCCUUGGUUACCGUUCCCACAGCCCUGAGAGGCCUCACAACGUGGCCUACUACAGACCAGAUGGCACUCUGGAGCGGCGGCAGCCCCUCUAUAAUGGCGGGCCCUCUCAUGCGCAUCCCGAGGGGUAUGAAGAGAAACGGCGGGUGUUCCGCUCCCUGUCCGAGGGCAUACAGUCCCACGCCUACCCCUUCGGCCAUGAGCCACUGCCACCUCACAGCCCCAGCCGGCGGGAGCAUGAGGAGCUGCUCAUCUUGGAGGACCCACCCACUUUCUUAUGCCCCUGCCAAGAUUGCCAAGAGAUGGCUCGUGAAGAGGCAAGGUUGCCCACUGCUGCUUUCUACAGCCUGCGCCUGGACCGGGACCCUGAUCUGUGGGGGGUGGAAAACACAAGGCCGCCUCUGCUUCAUCACCCACUCCACCGGGAAGGGCAGCCUGUGCCACUUCUAAUGCCCGCUACCUAUGGACACCACCAUGUGCCCAAUGGGCAACACCAAGCCUUUAACUUUGAGCCCAAGAUGGUGGCUGGGCACAUAGGUCACGCUUACCCAGCUCACCAGAGGUCCAAAGUGAUGGAAGAGAAUGCUGAGGCGUUUCCUUACCCCCGCUAUGGCCCCCCCUACCCCCCAGGGCCACCCUACACCUACAGCCGGGGCCCAGCCAAGUCCUGCUUUGUCUCUGGAUACCCUGGAUCUCCCCACUCCGGCUCCAUUUCGCCAACCAGCCCUCUGUAUCCACCAACCAGGAAGCAUGGCUAUGAGCCCCCAGAGAGCAGCAACGAAUUCCUCCCGCCGGCACCUGUGGAAAGGCAGCGUGAGCUGCAAGACUGCAGGGAUGCCAUGAUGUCCUGGCACGACAGUCCCAUCUCCCUUCAGCAGCAUCGCCAGGAGGUCUUGGCUCACUGUGCAGACAUCUCUGGCUCUCCUACUUCCUUCCACACCAGCAGUCCAGUAUUCAGCAGUGACAGCCCUGGCACCUUCAAGCACAGCAACAAGGCCACCAACCCCCCUGAAAAUGUGCUGCGGCUGAGCCCUGAAGAGCUGGCUUCCCCUAGCUGGAAAAGAGGCCCAGAGAAGAUGGCUUCUUCAAGCAGCCCCACACAGAUGCUCACCCCAAUGCAGGCCUUCACACACCUCCCCACUUUCCGCCCGCAGGCUAAUGGGACUUCUCUGAGACCAGGCCUCCAAGCACCACAGCUGUGCUCCCGCACCCACUGUUCCUCCAGCCCUCCACACAUCACCCCCUCACCCACAGCCAAACAUGGCGUCCCGGCAGAGGACCAGCCACACCAGAAUGGUUCAGAGAGAUCUAGCCUCCAGGCCACAACAGUCUCCUGCGAAUCGUCUGCUGAGGGAGCCUCACGGCCUCAGCUAAGCCCCGUCAUGGAGAGACCGGCCCUGAGGAACAGCUUACGGGUCCCUUGCUACAGCCAGCCUCCUCCCGGCUGCAGAACUGUGUCCAGUGCUCCAGCCUCACCUCAGAUCCCAGCAGCCUACAAUGGGCAGCUGCACUGUGAGAGAAAUGAGGCCGAGGUGGGCCCUGUUCUCCGGUGCCCCAACAGCAGCCCCUCUCUCAGGCCCUCCCCAAUCAGUGUCCUGCCACCAGCCCCUGGCUAUGGUUUCGCAGACAUGCAGGGCUCACCAACCCCGGCCUUCCCCAUUGCGACAGCCUACUACACGGGUGCAGAGAGCAGCCUCUCCGAACGGGAUCCGCCCUGCGAGCCACAGCAGCCCCCGCUGCCUGAAAAGCAUCACAUACCGGCAGCCAGGAACUGGGAGAGGAGCUCACCGCCUGGCCGUAGCCCUGGCUCCGCUCACCACGUCACCUUUGCACCUGGCGUACCUGAUGGCAACACACUUGGCCCAGCUAACAGCUCCGUUCCUAGAACAGAUUCACAGCAAGAGAACCAGGUUAGCGUCAAAUUUGUCCAAGACACGUCAAAGUUCUGGUACAAGCCUCAUUUGUCCCGGGAUCAAGCCAUUGCCCUUCUGAAGGACAAGGAGCCUGGGACCUUCCUCAUUCGGGACAGUAAUUCCUUCCAGGGGGCCUACGGCCUGGCUCUGAAAGUGGCAACACCUCCACCCAACAUCAUCAACCACUCCACCAAAGGCGACCCUGCUGAACAGCUGGUGCGUCACUUCCUGAUUGAGACAGGACCUAAAGGGGUGAAGAUCAAAGGCUGCAACAACGAGCCCCAUUUUGGCAGCUUGCCAGCCCUGGUGUCCCAGCACUCCAUCACCCCCAUCUCCUUGCCUUGCCGUCUCCGUAUCCCAAGCAAAGAUCUUGUGGAGGAGAGCACAGAGCUGGCUGUUCCCACCAACAUGAGCACAGCUGCUGAUCUGCUGAAACAGGGAGCAGCCUGCAGUGUGCUGUACCUGAGCUCUGUGGAAACAGAGUCCCUGACAGGUCCACAGGCUGUGGCCAAGGCAGCCACCAGCACCCUGAGUGCCACUCCCCGUGCUUCUGCCUGCGUCGUGCACUUCAAGGUGUCAGCCCAGGGCAUCACGCUCACAGACAACCAGAGAAAGCUGUUUUUCCGGCGCCAUUAUCCUGUCAGCAGCGUCACUUUCUGCAGCACAGAUCCUCAGGACCGCAGGUGGGCUAACCCAGAUGGCACCACAUCCAAGAUCUUUGGUUUUGUGGCCAAGAAGCAAGGCAGCCCAUGCGAGAACAUCUGCCACCUUUUUGCUGAGUUAGACCCUGAGCAACCGGCAUCGGCCAUUGUCAACUUCAUCACAAAGGUUAUGCUGGGGACUCACCGGAGAUGAAGGGACACUGCUGCAGAUCUCGCUGCAGGCAACUUCUUCCUCCUCCCCACCUUGACCACUGAUUAGUGCUGCUCGUGUGAUGCGGGGAGAAGCUGUUAUUGGGCAGGUUGGCAGGCCUAGGUGGAGCCACUGCUCGGGAGUUUUCUACUCCCCUGCCUCUCUCCCACCUACUGGCCAGCAAAAAGGGCUCUGGGGGUGUGGAUGUCAAGGCUGCACUCAUUUCACUGGACCCCAGGAGUCUGCAUCGCACUGUUUUCUUACUAGCAGACAAAGCAUCAAUGGAUGACAACUUAGAAAAGGACUGUACAGCUUUAAACAUUUGGCUGAUUUUUUCAUAAGCUCAGACAAGGUUCUGCAGCACAACAGUAACUGAAAGCAUCUGGAAGCAAUGAAUAUGUGGAACUGUCUGCAUCCAUUAAGAGGCAGCAUCUUGUACCAUCCUGGUAGAAGAAGAGGUUAGAAUUACUCUGGGCAGGCCAAGGGUAGCAUAAGGGCCAGCUUGCAAACACCAUGCUGAGGAAAUCUGGUUCUUUCUUCUCCGCUGCAAAGCAACAGAAGGGGGGGGGUUGCUGUUUGCAGGGUCAAAGCCCCAGCAAAGUGAGAAAAGCAGCUGGGGAUAUGUUUGCUAGGGUUGGGGGUGGGGAGGAGACUAGUGGCCAGGUGAAGGGUUAAGCUCUCCCCCUACUUGCUGUUUUCCCCCCUCCUGCAAAUCCCUUGCAUAUGGGCUUGUGCGCCAUUUUGCAGCACAGAACCAGCAGCCAGAGCUCCCAGCCCCAUGUCCGCUUCCGAUCAUGCAGAUCAGUCCAGCCUGGCUAUAAAUACCCUUUAGGCUUAUCAAAUACUAACCUUGUCUUCCAUUAGUGAGGAGAAGUGCUCAACAUGGUAAGAUAAGUGAUCCAUUUUGGAAGUUUUAAGCUAGGUGGACAGCAGCAGUCAGUUCUACUUUCUGGAUUUCUUUCUGGAUGUGUUGAAGUAGACCAGCAAGUAUUUGUGACUCCAAGUUGUGACAACCAGAAAAUAACACCCCUCCUAGUGUUACAUUACUGAAACAAAGGAGAUGGGCAGGGGGCUCCUUGGAGUGUUAUUUAUGUGUGUGUCUGAAAGCUGUGAGUGGUUAGAGGAUGUCAGGGUUUUAGUAAAAAAUGGAAGUAGAUCUCAUACGCCUGAAGGCUGUCUGCCCUGUUUUAAACACUCAAGCUAUGGCUACAAAGCUGGCCUUGGGUGUUUUAGAAUUCUAAUUUAUUUUUUUUAAUGCCCCCUCCCUUCCUUUCAUCCUUUGCUGUACCAAUAUAUUUUAUCAGUCUGGCAGUCUCUCUCACCGUUGACUCUGAAGCUUGGAUGUGGGUUUCAAUUAGUAUGUUCCCACUACCCUUUGCCAUUUAGAAUGAAGGCCUUGCUUUCUGAAUAGGAUUCUAAGGCAACCAGCCUUCAACUUAAUCUUGAAUAGAAUUGAGCAGCACAAGAGGGGCAAUUCACUCACAUCUCUUACAUAGAGAGUUUAAGCUAUCUGGUAGUAUUAUUGGACCUCCAACACCUAUCAGCCUCAGCCAUUACAGCCAAGGGGCAGGGAUAAUGAGAGCCAUAGUCCAUAGAUAUCUGGAGGUUCAUGGGAUCCCUACCCCUGAUGUAAACAGCAUCCAAAAGGAUAGAGCCCAGACUGCAGUAGGGAAACAGUAGGAUUUGUAAAUACU